GACAUCCUAUUGCCUGUCCCGGCGCGCGGUUCGCGGCGGGUCCAAAGUGGACGGAGGUUAGAGCUGGAGCGCGGCCCGGGGAAGGAUGGAGGCGGCAGAGACUAAGGCGGAGGCUGCUGCCCGAGAGGCCCUGGCCAAGGUGGCAGACAUCCUGGAGCCUAUAGGUCUUCAGGAGGAGGCAGAACUGCCGGUGCAGAUCCUGGCUGAGUUUGUGAUGGACUCCCGGAAGAAAGACAAGCUCCUCUGCAGCCAGCUUCAAGUAGUAGACUUCCUGCAGAAUUUCUUGGUUCAGGAAGGCACUGCCCAGGACCUGAACCCCUUGGCUUCUGAAGACACGAGCCGGCAGAAGGCAAUUGAAGUCAAAGGGCAAUGGAAAGAGCUGAAGGCCACCUACCAAGAGCACGUGGAGGCCAUCACAAGUUCCCUGACCCAGGCACUGCCCAAGGUGGAGGAGGCCCAAAGGAAGCAGGCCAAGCUCCAGGAGGCCCUUGAACAACUCCAGGCCAAGAAGCAAGUGGCCAUGGAAAAACUCAGAAUAGUCCAGAAGCAGUGGCAGCUACAACAGGAGAAGCGUCUGCAGCAUCUGGCAGUGGUUUCUUCAGAGUUGAGGGAGCGUCAGACAGGAACUCAGCAGGAGCUUGAACGGCUAUAUCAGGAACUUGGAACCCUGAAGCAGCAGGCAAGGCAGGAGCAGGACAAGCUGCAGAGGUACCAGACCUUCCUCCACCUGCUAUACACCCUUCAGGGCAAGCUUCUAUUCCAUGAGGCUGAGGCAGAGAUGCCACAAGAGCUGGAUCUUCCUAAGGAUAAGCCCCAGCAGCUGACCCAGCCCCAGGAGCAGAACAUUCGGGACACCAUGGGGAGAGAUGAAUGUGUGUCCUCCAAGGCCAACAACCCACAGCCUGCUGGAGAUACAGGCUUACCAUGGCUUCCUGGGAGACAGCAACAUGGGGAAGGAUCCUAGAGCAGGUCAGACUCCGACUCAGACCAUGGUGUCCCUGGACUGUAGGUCCCUUGCUAUGAACUGGAGCUACAUCAGUGGGCUUAUCUGACCAGUCCCUGCCUACAUGGAGCAUAAUGAGAAUGAACAAUUGAAAAGAUAAAUAGGAUGAUUUCAGGGUGUGUUAAAACAGGGUAGCAAACUAAAACAGAGUAAUACAAUGAAGAGCAAUAGAGUAUAGAGACCCCUAUCUGUGUAUAUUGGCCUGUGUCUAUGAGUCAGUAUUUCUAUUUGUGUUUGUGUGUGUGUGUUUCUGUGUCUUUGUUUGUUGCUUUCAGUCUCCAUUCCUCUGUGUGUCUGUCGCUGGGUGUGUGGACAGGGGCGGGCACUACUGUCUUUGAGAAAGAGAUUCCAUUCCUAAUUGGAAGUGUGGAAACUGCUACUUCAGAGAGAAAGAGAGAAAAAUGAGAGUUCUCAGAGAGUAGAAAACUCAUUUUCCGUAUGAGAAAAGGACCUUCAUGUGAGAAAGACCUAAACAUCCCCAUGAGAAAGACACGGGCCUUUUGUUUUUGGUGAGAGAAAGUUUUAAGAGUCAGUGUUCCCUGUUCUGUCUCAGACUGGGUCACCUUCUCUCAGGUGGAGAUUGAGAUCCUUGUGCAUUCCGAUGGUUUGCCCUGCUUUACUAAGGUGUCCCUAGUUUUCUCUCAAAUUGUCUUUUGAAAUGUGUUGGCCCCAUUUUUUACGUAUGAAAUAGGAUAAUUAUCAGAGGUCUUUGGGCUCAGAGGGGAUUGAGGAUACUCCACCAGGGAGCACACAAAUGUCCACAGAGUGGCUUCCUCAAUCUACUCAUACCCCUCCCUCCCACAUGGUUGCUGUUGUAGCCUUCUAGUAACCCAAAUAUCCAGUCCCAUUUUUCCCUCCCUCCUACUGGGUGGGCUCCCUUACCCCUACAGUCUCAUUUCCUUUCUAGUCUCAUGUUCUCCAAAAUGUCUGCAGCACAAACGAGAGAGCAAGAGCACAUAUAUAUAUAUAUCCACCCCAGGAAAGGAGUGUCUACUAAGGGACACUGGAGUGUGGGUUGGGAUGUUGUGGAGUUUCCCUAUCUUUGCAUACAUUAUGGCUGUCAGAAAGUCAGCAGGGAAAAGAAGACACUCACAUGGCGCCCACCAAGAUGGGGGUGAAGGAUAAUACCCUGAGAUACUCCAAGCCAGGGACAGGGGAAGGAGAUUGGGCAGAUGUACAGUAAUCAAAUGCAGAGGACUGCAAACUUCUGGGAACCAGAUUUCUCUCAAGGAGUGUGAAAUGCAUCAGUACACACUGAGGCCAAAGAGGAGGGGAGGCUUGAUUAUCUGUUAUGUUCAAAGCCCUUGAAUUGCCCAUGUGGCUGGAGCCUCAAGUUGGCCAGAAGUGUCUUGACUGACAAGCUCAGGAAUUGGGACUUGCUAUCAGAUAGAAGAUGGACUUCAGCUUCCAGCUCUUCUCAGCCCUCUGUUAGUCCCUUAAAGACUAUCCUUGUUUAUUGAUACUUGCACAAGGUAGAUGUGUGCAAGGAGGAAUACUACCCCUGGGAAAUUGUGAUCUCUUACACAAAGACAUGGAAAUCUAUGAGUCCACAGAAGCUGCUGAAAAGGCCCUGCUGCCUGCCAGGGUUUUUUCUCUUCCUUUUUUCUAUUGAAGGGAAGGACACAGAAACCAGUGAAGAGUGGGGGUGGAGGGGAGACUAGGCAGUGAAUCAGCACAAUCAAGACACUGUUGCUCUGUCUUGACCAGAAGUCUUCUUGAUAACUUAAAGUGAAAAUUAAGCUUACUCUGUUAAAU